AUGCGCAAAGCGGUAGAGGAGACUUCGCGAGAGCUGGAGCACGUACGCACCGCCCACAACAACACGAAGACGCUACUCGCCACACGUACAGCGGAGCUCCGCGAUGCCCAAGCCUACCUCACAAAGACUGACGCUGUUUCCAAUGCCGAUGUGCAGAGGAUGAUCGAAGGUCUUAAUGCCCAAAUCUUUCAGCUCAGUGCACUUGUGGCGGACAGCUUCACGUACUCUCCGCGUCGCCCCCUCGUCGCUAAGCCACGGCAGAACGUGGGGCGCUGGUUGGGGACGCCGAUAACAGACUUCAUAUACUCCUAUCCGCACUCCGACGAUAACAUCUGGGUCCAGUUGGCCUUGCAGACGGCCUCCGCUGCCUUCGCGAGCCGGUCGAUUGGUGCAUGGGACCUAAGGUUUAACGCUGCACAAAAUCGCCUGCUAACGGAAAUUCACAAGCAUCUGUUCAACGGUGAGACGCAGGCGAUCUCCGCGCGAUGGCGCGUUCUGUCCAGGCGAUAUAUCAAACAGCUCCACGGCGACUACGACGCAGAGUCAGACGCGACGGAGAAGCUUGUGAACGUGCUCAAAGACAUUUUGCUCAUUUCCGGUGCACGAGAGCCCAUGACCUCUAUCGACUGGCUUAAGAUCUGCAACAAGGCCAAAAACAUCAUUACCGAGAGUGUCAAGGUGCAGAAGGCGAUCGGUGAGGACAUCGCCUCGACAAAUUUUCAGGUCGUUCGUCCGCUCGCGGGCGAUUCGUUCGACACGGGCUGCAUGGCAGACGUAGAGGACUGUGGAAGGCGCAAGAAGCCGAGAGUCAUGGAGGACGAGACCGUUGUGUGUACGACGGAGCUGGGAUUGAGGAGAUUCGAGAAGACGGAGGAGGGAGGGAGACUUGUCACGAAGUCUGCGACUCUCUUGAAAGCGAAGGUUGUGUUACUGCUCCCCCCGGGGGGCGCCGUCUGGGCCUAA